UGCUGGAUCUGUGGAAGCUGUGGUGUUUUGCAGCUGAACAUCUCGGGUGUGGAGCCGGGGAGGAGGGUCACGCAGCAUAAUGCCAGCUCUGCCCCUGGACCAACUCCAGAUCACCCACAAAGACCCGAAGACAGGACAGCUGAGGACCUCAGCAGCGCUGGACCACUUCAUUUCUCCAUCUGCAUUUGGAGAAAUCCUCUACAACAACUUCCUCUUUGACAUCCCAAAGAUCCUGGACCUCUGUGUGCUCUUUGGAAAAGGCAACUCACCACUGCUCCAGAAAAUGAUAGGAAACAUAUUUACCCAGCAGCCAAGUUACUAUAAUGACCUGGAUGAAACCAUUCCCACCAUACUUCAGGUCUUCAACAAUAUCCUCCAGCACUGUGGUUUGCAAGGGGAUGGGACCAGCACCACACCCCAGAAACUCGGGGAAAGGAGUCGGUUAACCCCCAGUGACAUGCCUCUCUUGGAAUUAAAGGACAUUGUUCUCUACUUGUGUGACACCUCCACCACACUCUGGGCCUUUCUGGACAUCUUCCCUUUGGCCUGCCAAACCUUCCAGAAACAUGACUUCUGUUACAGACUAGCCUCCUUUUAUGAGAUGGCAAUUCCGGAAAUGGAGUCUGCAAUUAAGAAGAGGAGGCUUGAAGACAGCAAGCUCCUGGGUGACAUGUGGCAGAGGCUCUCCCAUUCCAAGAAGAAGCUAAUGGAGGUGUUUCACAUCAUCCUGAACCAGAUCUGCCUGCUUCCCAUUCUAGAGAGCAGCUGUGACAACAUUCAAGGCUUCAUUGAAGAAUUCCUUCAAAUCUUCAGCUCUUUACUGCAGGAAAAAAGAUUCCUCCGUGAUUAUGACACAUUCUUCCCUGUAGCUGAAGACAUCAGCUUGCUGCAGCAGGCUUCAUCAGCCUUGGAUGAGACCCGGACUGCCUACAUCCUCCAGGCUGUGGAAAGUGCAUGGGAAGGAGUGGACAGACAGAAAAUCAAGGACAUUAAAGACCCACCAAGGGCCAAGGAUUCUAAUAACGAAGUCACAAUGGCAGCAGAGCCAGUCAGUGAACUGCCAUCAGAGCUGGAGAACUCAGAAGAGGAUGAGGAGUGCAUGGGUGCAACAGCUGCCCUGGGCCCUGCCGUGAGUGGCGUGGAACUAGACUCACUCAUCUCCCAAGUGAAGGACCUGCUGCCAGACCUCGGGGAGGGCUUUAUUCUGGCCUGCCUGGAGCACUACAGCUAUGAUUCAGAGCAGGUGAUCAACAACAUCCUGGAGGAUCGGCUGGCCCCUGAGCUCAGUCAGCUGGACCGAGGCCUAGAAAGACAAGUGAAGCCGGACCCUACACCCCUGUUGUCAUCUCGUCACAACGUCUUCCAGAACGAUGAGUUUGAUGUCUUCAGCAGGGACUCAGUGGACCUGAGCCGAGUGCACAAGGGCAGGAGGAAGGAGGAGAACGUGAGGAGCCUGGUGAAUGACAAGCAGGCUGUGGUGGCACAGUGGCAGCGCUACCAGAAGUACAGCGUGGUAGUGGAGGAGGUCCCCCUGCAGCCGGGAGAAUACCAGGCCGAUGACUAUGAGGACGAGUAUGACGACACAUAUGAUGGCAACCAGGUGGGCGCCAACGAUGCAGACUCUGAUGAUGAGCUCAUCAGCCGCAGGCCCUUCACCAUCCCUCAGGUGCUGAGAACCAAGAUGCCUGGCGAGGCACAGGAGGAGGAGUGGGAUGAAGAGGAUGAGGUGGAAGAGGAGGCCCCCAAGCCGGACCAUUUCAUUCAGGAUCCUGCAGUGCUGAGGGAGAAGGCUGAAGCCAGGCGCAUGGCCUUCCUUGCCAGGAAGGGGUAUAGGCCUGAGAACUCCACUGCAGUGACGGGCGGCCCCCGGGGCCAUGGGCAAAGCCGGGAAACAACCCAGGAACGCAGGAAGAAGGAAGCCAACAAGGCAGCCAGAGCCAACCACAGCCGUAGAACCAUGGCUGACCGAAAAAGAAGCAAAGGCAUGAUUCCAUCCUGAGAGCACAAGCUGCCUGCACGAGGGAGGCCUUCAAGGCAGCUCUGCCCUCGGGACACUCAGGACCGCCACCACACCUCACCUACCAGCCAGCCAAACACACAGUGCCUUAUCCCUGGAUGAAGGAACCCAGUGCCAUCAAGCAGGCUGUCUCCCAGCUGUGCUGACGGGAAAGGAUGGGGAUGCGGAACCAAAGUGUCUUUCAUCUUGUGCAGUGAGGCACCACCUCUGGAAGUCCUGGAUGGCAGAAGACCUGUAUAUUCAGAAGCGACGAAAGGCCCGUGAAUAAAGUUUCUGACCCUCCGGCAAUGCUCCGUGACGUGCUCCACCCUUUUCCCCCCUCCUUCCUCAGAAACACGGAUACCUGAAAGACAAAAAGGCAUAGUAGUUCCGUAAUCUGUUGACUUCCAUGCUUGCCCCUUGGUGUAUCUCCUAGUGCUGUCCUUCCUUGCUGUGUGACCUCUGUGCCUGUGGAAGGAAGUGGCCAGUGUGAGACUAAGGUACCUCCUAAGCCGCCUCCUAAGGAGGCGAGUGGGAUGUGAGGGCUCCCUAGGCCACAAGAAGGAAGUGGCAGAGCAGGUCUUGCAAGCUCAGUCUGACCCCUGGCAGUAUAGGCUCUCGACCCAUGUAGAUUAUGUCAACCCCUGUGUUACAACUGGCACAAGGACACUUGGCCAGUUUCAGAGUGUCAUUGUUAUAAAUGUACUGUUAGCCCCCACCCUCUCAAUGUAGAGAUUGGAAACCGCUAGAAAGAAGUGAAGGUAUGCCACCAAGGCCUAUUGAAGCGAGAAGGACUAGGCUGGCUCCCAGAGCCCUUUCCCCGUGUGGCCCACUCUGCAAUGGGAAUCAGCUAACAGGUCUCCCAGGUUUACAGUGUGCAGGAGGUCUGCAGUGGGGUCUUUUCUGAGCUGAUCCUGAUGCAGCAGGGCCUGGAGUCCUACCAACAGACCUUUGAGGCGCCAGGGACAUUGAUUGGCGUGUAGUUAGGACUAGCAGACAGACAGAUACUUGAUGGAUUGUUUAUUAGGCCAGCCUGCACAAGUGAAACUAAAUGCCAGUUCCUCUGCGCCUUUCUGGCCUCUGGGAGCAUUUGAGAUACAGAGCAGGUACAGGGUGGGAUCCUCCCCCAAGGCUGAGUUAGCUGAGAUCUGAGAAAGAUAGCCAUCGUGACAGACAGCAGGGAAACUGUUUCCUCCUAGAAGGUGUAGCAGCAGGCCCAGCUCGGGGGCACAGUCAUCUCUCCCUGACUACUCGGAGCAAGCUGCUGUGUCAUGCAAAGCUUGGGCUUCAUCUGCCUUGCCUGCUGCUCUUCCCUGGAACAGCCCCUAUCUGCUCUUGGCCAUCUCUCCCUGUAGCCAGCUAGAGGACACCCAGCUUCCUGGGAACAGUCUAGCUGAGAGGACAUGGCCAUCUCUGCUGUUGCCUAGCACUUUGGGCCAGAUCAAACGCAAUGCCCCCUGAGGAGCUGCUGCUUGUGUCUCUUAGCUCUCCAGGACACCCUUUGAAGCCAGCCCUGAGCAGCCUGUUACCCCAUCCCUUCAGCCUCAGUGAGAUGAAUGGCACUACUUGGUGGUGGUGGGGUCCCUAAAGAUGAAUACUGAGGCUGUUGCUCAGUAGGAGAACACUUGAGUAAUAUACACAAGGCUUAGGUUUGUCCACUAACUAUGUGAAGGAAGUCCCCAAGGGGUUCCAAAUUUACUAUUUACAUAAAGGAAGUCCCCAUGGGAUUCCAAAUUUAAGAUUAGUAGCCCAAGAGUGUUAGGUGGGUAAACCAUUUGGUCCCUAGACCCUCCUCCCUCCCUCCACUCCCUGCUGUCCUAAUUCGGAUAUUUUCCAAGUGCCUUUUCUGUACCCUACAGAAAAUGUGACCAUCAUAGAUGUUUCUGGAGAAACUCUUUUUUUUUUUUUUCUGAGACGGGGAUUCUCUGUGAAAUAGCCCUGCCUGUCCUGGACUUUGCAGACUAGGCAGGUCUCAAAACCACAGAGAUCUACCUGCCUCUGCUGGGAUUAAAGGCGUGUACCACCACACCUGGCCCUGAGGAAACGUUUAAAACCUCUAAAAGGAUACAAGACCCAAGUGUCAUUAUUCCAGUGUCUGUGAAUGGUCAGCCGCAAGAGCUUUGGUGCCCCAGAGAUGGAUUAUAAGGGAGCCUGCGGAGAGGAGCGGGGCUAGCAGUCUGCCCAUGGUGUCUUAGUAGUGAAUGCAUGGCCUUGUUAAACUGCCCCAGCUGAGACUGGAGGAGGAAACAGCUGGCUCAAGCCAGCAUGUCACCACCCUACCAGGAGCUCAGAUACAGUGACAGUGCAGAAAAAUAAAAUCAGAAGUAGACAUGGUGGUGGCACACGCUUAGUUCUUGGGAGGUAGAGGCAGUUCAGAGAUAGCCCAAGCUAUGUGAGACCCUGUCUAUAAGUAAAUAAAAACCAAAUAUUUCUGAAGAACAAACUUAAGAGGCAGAACACAUAGGUGAACAUAGUAGUGUAAGGCAUUGUUUGUGAGAAGCUAAUGCUCCGUUUGCACACAGACCAGUGUGGAAAGAACUGCAUGCACGAUGGUGGUGGCAGGACUGUGAUCUCUGCUGUUGGCAAUAAACAG